UUGUGACAGACACCGAGCUGGGCGGGCAGGCUCGGUGUGAGACGUGGAGAGUCCUGGCGCUGUCUGUCUGUGCGCGGAGCCCAGUCUGUCUGAUGCCAUAACGAGAAGCCGGGUGACUCCCCCCAGCCUCUUGUCUGCCGCCGUCAGCGACUCCGAUCUCCUCGGCAGCUCGUUCGAGUGGCCAGGCCCCGCUCAGGAGGACGAGACGAGGGCGUGACGGGGAACGAUGGGACUGACAGGUUACGGUGCAGAGACGGGGGGAGCGCGGAUGGGAGAGAUGCUCUGAGAGGCGAGAGCGCAGCCCGGCAACUGGACCAUCAACACUGCCACAGCUGGUGAAAGCCCUCGGCCCUCAGCCCGAACUCCAGCAGCCAGACGGUUGAAGAGCAGAACGAGCCCGGGAAACCAGCAAGCAUGGCGACAUCAUGGAAACUCCUCCUGCUGAUGUCUGUCACUUCCAUCCUCACAGAUGACCUGGAGGAGCGCGGGCCGGAGUUUGUUCAUGAACCGCGGGAGCUGACCGUCGCGGCCAUCGAGAAUGCGAAGAGGGUGACCCUCCGCUGCGAGGCUCGAGGAAGCCCCCAGCCCCGAUACAGGUGGUUUCACAAUGGAAGUCUCCUGCAGACUGAGGGCACACCUCGCUACGGUCUGGACGGGGGUUCUCUCGUCAUCCACGCUCCCAGCAUGCUCCUGGACUCCGGAACCUUCCAGUGCCUGGCCAGUAACUCAGUGGGGAGUGUGCUGAGCCGAGAGGCGGGGCUGCACUUUGCCUAUCUCAGUAACUUCAGUGAUCACCAGCGUGGGCCGGUGUCCGUGCGUGAGGGACAGGGCGUGGUGCUUAUGUGCUCUGCGCCUUCACAUACUACAGAGGUGGUUUACUCCUGGGUGUACGGCGCCCUGCCCCGUUCGGUGGAAGAGGACAGCCGCCGGUUCGUCUCCCAGGUGACGGGGAACCUGUACAUCGCCAAAGCCACCCUGCUGGACGUGGGCCGCUACAUCUGCCAGCUGAAGGACGUGAGGAGUGGCCGCAGGGUGCUCAGUCCCCCCACCUCCCUCACCCUCCGUGAGGACGGUAAAUAAGGAGAAUACGAACCCAAGCUGGAGGUCCACUUCCCGUCAGUGGUCCAGGUCCUGCAGGAGUCGACGGCGGCUCUCGAGUGCUUCGCCCUGGGCAACCCAGUUCCCACCAUCAGCUGGCGGAGGACGAGCGGUGACCUGCCGAGCCGAGCGAGGCUGCGGAAGUCUCGGGCUGUCCUGGAGAUCCUGAGCGUCGAGGCAGGCGACGCGGGCACCUACGAAUGCAGGGCAGAGAACUCGCAGGGGGAGAGCGUCGUCCGGGGGGUCCUGCUGGUCCACAGCCGGCCCCAGUGGACUCGCCCGCUCAACGACACCACGCUGGACAGCGGGCAGGACCUGCGCUGGGAGUGUCGAGCCAGCGGGAGACCGCGGCCCAGCUACCGAUGGCUGAAGAAUGGAGAGAGCCUCCUCUCACAGAACAGAGCGGUGGUGCGGAACGGCCAGCUGUCCAUCGCCCGCGUCAACAGGUCGGACGCGGGCAUGUACCAGUGCGUGGCGGAGAACAGACACGGGAAGUUGUACUCCAACGCUGAACUCCGCAUCCUGGCCUCUGCUCCAAGCUUUGAGUUGCAUCCGUUGCCGAGAGAAAUCGUUGUCUGCGUCGGACAGGAGCUGGUCAUUGAGUGCAAACCGCAGUCCUCUCCCAAGGCGGCUCUCAGCUGGAGGAAGGGUACGAGGCCCCUGGCCAAUGCAAGGGUGAAGAUCUCAGCGGGGGGCACCCUGAGGAUUAGAGCUGUCACGCACGCAGAUUCCGGGAUGUACACCUGCAGGGCAGAGAAUGUAUUUGGAUCAUCAUCAAGCACAGCCACCGUCCACGUGAAAGAGGCGACGGAGGUGGAACUGAUCCCAAGAAGGAUUGAAGUGACUGUGGCAGAAAGUGUCGUUCUGACCUGCCGUGUUUCCCAUGAUCCCUCACUGCAGCCCCAGGUUCACUGGGCCCUGGAUGGGCAACCCAUCGAGUUCCUCACUGAGGGCAGCCACUUCGAGAGCAUCCAGGCCCAGCCCCCCUCCGCUGACCUGAUGAUCCGCGACGUUCAGCUCCGACAUGCCGGAAGGUACAGCUGCCGAGCCGAGACCCCGGCCGAUUCCGCCUCGGACGCCAGCCAGCUCCUGGUGCGGGGUCCGCCGGGAACACCCGGCGUUGUGAUUGUGGAGGAGGUAUCAGCCAGCAGCGCCACGCUAUCCUGGGGCAGAGCACAGGAUAACCACAGCCCCAUCACCCACUACAGCGUGCAGGCCCGCACCCCCUUCUCACUGGGCUGGCAGACGCUGAGGACUGUGCCGGAGACCAUUACCGGAGAGCUGGAGUCAGCCAUAGCCACUGCCCUCCACCCCUGGGUCGACUACGAAUUCCGAGUGGUUGCGACCAAUGUCAUUGGGACGGGCGAUCCCAGUGUCCCCUCCCGUGUAGUCCGCACGCAGGAAGCAGUCCCUUCGGUGGCACCAGCCAACGUGAGCGGUGGAGGAGGUCGACGAGGGGAGCUGGUCAUCACCUGGGAGCCGGUUUCGGAAGAGUUUCAGCACGGACGAGGCUUCGGAUACAUCGUGGCCUUCCGGCCGAACGGGACACGGGCGUGGCGGGAGGCGACGGUGGCGGCGACCUGUUCCUGCCGCUACGUACACCGGGAUGACAGCCUGCAGCCCCUCACCUUGUUCCAGGUCAAGGUUGGAGUUUACAACAACAAGGGCGAUGGCCCCUUCAGUCCUAGCACCCUCAUCUACUCUGCAGAGGCCGAACCGGAGAUGGCGCCCUCCAAUGUCACUGCUAUCAGCCUCUCAGCCUCGGAGGUGCUGGUGUCCUGGGAGAGCCUGCCUGGGGGGUCACGCCCCUCACUGGGGUAUCAGGUGAGUGUGUGGAUGGAGUCGGCGUCAGAGCACUGGGUACGGACCCUGACCACCGGUGGGAACAUGUCCUCGCUGCUGGUGGGUGGGCUGCAGGGACACAGCAGAUACCGGGUCACCGUGAGGGCAUUCAAUUCUGCCGGCCCUGGCCCCUCCAGCAACCCCAGCCUCGUCACCACCAAGAAAUCACCCCCCAGCCAGGCUCCUCACAACCUGCAAUGGCAUCAGGAAGGCUCCUCCAUCUCGCUGGGGUGGGAGCCUGUGCAGAACCACGCCAACGAAUCCAAAGUGGCUGGAUACAAGGUGCUGUACCAGAGGGAGGGACAGGCCCCGAGCAAGGUGAUGGAGACAAGGGAGACGGAGGCAGUGGUCCCACUCGGGCCUGACGGAGUCUACCUCAUUCGGGUGCAGAGUGUCAGCGAGGGGGGGGAUGGAGCCAGCAGCCCCCAGAUCCGGGUCAUCUUGUCCAAAGGUGAUGCCACCCUGUCUUGUGCCCCCCCUCCGGCCUCACCCACCUCAGUGACCCUCAUCCUCGCCCUGGUCCUUCCCUCAGCUUCCUGGUAGUACUGGGUAGGCUGCGAAGGAGGAGACUGGUCUCAUCCGGCACUGGAAGGACCCUCCAUCUGCGCCGGAAGUGUCACUGCCGUCAAGCCGAGCGAAGGGAAGGUUCAAGCCUGGCCAGGCCCAGGGGCUCCUACUGACCCCGGGCAGGUCUGUUCGACCUGCAGUCCAACUUGAACACCCUCUAUCCCCCUUCUCUCCACCCUGUCUUCCUUCAACUCACUCCUCUCUCUCUCUCUCUCUCAUCCUCCCCCUCUGCCUCACCGGUCCUGCUCUCCCCUCCCACUCCCCCA